AUGGAAACUGGUUACGCAAUUACACAAAAUAUUUAUAUGGCGAUGUCAGCGGCGAUAUCGGUAGUACCUCAUCGCAGUUCACGUACUUUAUCAGAUUUCUCGGACAUUGCCCAUUUAACAGUCGCCUUUCACGGAAUGCGAUUAAGCGAUAAACAAAAACUAUGGAUUAAGCUUGGUUAUAAAAAAUGGCGAAGUAAAUCAAAAAUGGUUCCCGGCGAAUGGGUGCAUGCUUAUGCCAUAAAGAAAUAUCCAACAAUGAAAGCAUUGUUCAAAAAACAUGAAAAUUUAGCUCGAGUAUAUACGCAAACAAUCACAAAAAUCAUUGAAAUGGCCGUUGAGAGCGUUGACUCAUUAGAUGACUCUCUCGGACCAUUGUUAAUUAGCUAUGCGAGCGAAAACGGAAUUCUGGAAGAACGUGGUAUGGCUUCGAUUUUUACAAUAAGAAACGACAAAUUAUUGCUUUUUUUAGAAGGUUUUGAUCGACGAUUUUGGGGAUAUGUGGCUGAAGCUUUAUGUGCGCUCUCACGUGAUUUCCCAUUGAAGAGACAUAAAUGGGAUACAAUCUCUGCAUGGCGAAUUAUUGUUCUUUUUAUAGUGAAAAAAUUAGAGUAUGGGUUUCAGCUUGGAAUAAAUUCAAUGAAGAGUGAUCAAUCAUUUGAUAAUCCUUGUUAUAAAGUAUAA